AUGAUAAAUUUAGAAGAAAAUAUGAUUAUGGAAAUAGGACGAGACUCAUUCUUUGAUUUGCCAAAGUUACAGAAACUGACUUUCACGAAAAACAACAUAUCACAUAUUGAGGAUGGUGCAUUUCAACACACUUUUAAUUUACUGGAAUUGGAUUUAAAUAAAAAUAAUAUACAGUACUUAAAUCGUCACACAUUUGAUGGAUUAGCUAAUCUGCGUAAGCUUGACCUUAGAAGGAAUCAUAUAUAUAACUUAACUGAGUUUACUUUCGCUGAAUUAUGGAAUUUGCAAGAGCUGCUGCUUGGAAAAAACGAUUUAAAAUAUAUUUCCGAGAGGGCCUUUGAUGGACUGUCUCAACUUGCGAAGCUGUCCCUUGAUGAUAAUAAACUUGCGGCAUUACCCUCCGGUUUGUUUGAAGGCGUAAGGGGUCUCAGCUCUCUCGAUUUGCGUUCAAACGAACUACGCGCUUUAACUUACGAUAACAUCAAGCCCAUAUUGGAUAACUUGAAGCCACCAACCAGCAAUUUACUCUUAGAAGAAAACAACUUCGUAUGUGACUGCAGAUUGAAAUGGAUGCACACGCUGCGAGAUGAAACAAAAAGUCAGAGCACAAAGGAGUCACUAGAGAGUGUCACCUGCAAGAUUGACCCACCCAUCGUUAGUUCCGCUUACAAUAAGAUGGCUGAUACUGACAGUAAAUUAGAUUUUAACAAGGAAAUAUUACAUGCUGGGAUAACAAUUGAAACCAUAGAUAAAAAUAACAUAACCGACAAAAAAACUACAGCAGAGGAUUUGUCUAAAGAUCACGUUAACGAUAUCCUUAUACAGGCAGCAAAGAAAGGAGUAAAGAGAACAGUGUUAAAAAUACCACCAGAAACUUUACCUUGCCCUAUAGAAAAAAGGACAACGACGGAAUUGGUCCCUUACAUGAUAGAUCCGGUAAUACCAAUUCAAAAUGAAAUGAAGACGUUUAGAUUGCAGGAAAUGAACAAAAGUUCGAGAGUUCAUUUUAUGGCGACCAUCAUAGCGUGGAACGUUUGUUUUGCAUUUUUCUUUACACAAAAUAUCUUAGUAAAUUUUAAUGUAUUUUAG